GAGUUGCACAGCAGUCUCAUUUCUAAUUAUACACCAAACAACAGAGAGCUACGGAGCGAGGGGAGAGAGUGGAAUAUGGAGAGAGGAAGAGGAGGGUGAUUACAAAUGGAAGAGAGGCUGAGAGUGCUACUCAGCAGCAAACACAGGGUGAACAAGUUCAGAUGUGAGAGAUUGAGAGAGAGGAAGAGAGAGAGAGAGAGAGAGAGACAGAGAGAGAAAGUAAGAGAGGGUGAGGGAGAGACAUCAAAUCUGUCUGAGAAAGGUUAACAGGACUGACUGACUAAGUAGAGUGGGAGUGUAAAAUGUAAAAGCGAGUAGGAGGGAAGAGAGAAAGGAAGAGGAGAAGAGAAAAGGAGGAGAGCGUGUCUGACAGUCUGUUGAGCUUGUCUGGACGCUUCUGAUCAGUCUGCUCUGUUUUGCCUUCACAUCUGCAGCCUGGGAGGACGACUUGAAGCCAGACAGGUGUUUGUGUGUGUGUGUGUGUGUGUGUGUGUGUGUGUGUGUGUGUGUUUUUGUGUGUGUGUGUGUGUGUGUCCGUGUGUGUGUGGAGCGGCUGUGAACAUGGAUGGACAUGCUUUGUGAAGACGGAUGCACAGAGAGACGCUGGGAUGGAUGGAUGGAGGAACAUGUAAAUCGUGAUGACCCUGGACUUAAGUAUCUGCAGCGCUUGCCAAAAGAGUGGAGUCUGUGUCACAUGAUCACAACACCUCCUCAGCUUCUGCAGGAGGGCAUGCAGUGCCAGUUUGAGCGACAGGCAGCGUGAGCCAAUGAGCUUCACACCGAACCCGGCACUUGUCCCAGACAGGGACAGCCUCCCACUCAAAAAGAGGGACCAAAGACCAAGCUCUCCCCCACAGCAGCAGCAACAGCAGCAGCAACAGCAACAGCAACAGCAGCAGCAGCAGCAGCAGCAGUGUGAUGCUGCGACAUUCAAGGCGCCCUACCCUUACAAGAGCCACAGUGAGUUUAAGACAAAACACACAGGCCCCUUUCAGCCCGUACCGAAACGGGUUCCUGCACUGUACCAGCCAUGGAUGCAGACUAACACAUCCACCAGAUCCAAACCUCAGGUCCUCUCUGCGUUCAGAGAGCAUCAUGGCUGGGCCGAGUGGAGAGAGUUCAACCCCCUGCACCCUGGAUGGGACUUUUAUCACAACUAUCAGCCCAACAGCCACCUGUCUGGAACACCUGCACUCCACCCACACCACCCACACCACCCCUCCAGAUUUAGCCCUGUCUCCCUGGUCACUGAGGGUUUCCAAAGGGUGGGUGCAGGGUACGGCUGGGAGCAGCUCAAGACAUUAAGGGACAAGAGUUUAAAUACGGAGAGGCAGAGCAAUGGGAGGAAUAAAGGACCUUAUGUGAGGAGAAGGGAAAGAAAAGUUGAGUAUUUUCCCAGGGUUGAAAAAGCAAGUCUUCCAUUGUUGAGCACAUGCCUACCUCACUCUCUACAUGAGGACUUUACAGCUCAACGUCCAACAAAGGGGGUCAAACAACAUGUUUCUGGACGUUCCUUCAUAAGAGUUUCCCCUGACGAUAACUCAAGCAACACAUACACCUCCAUUAAGGAGGACACAUCAAGAUCUUCUACACUCGCCUGUUCUGAGCAUGAUCCUUCCUCUCCCAACCAUUUUCCCUGGCUGCUUCCUCACUUUGUGGCAGGCUCUCUUAUUGAGCUCAGAGACGGGCGGUUGAGGAGAGUGGAACACUUGCAGACGGAGGAUUUCUUGCUGGGAUCACUGGCCUGUCCGGACCUGCGCCUGAGCUGCUGCACAGUGCAGAGCAUCACCGCUUCAGCUUCCUCCUCGUCCAUCUCACGUCUCCUCAUCCUGCUUCACGACCAGCAGUCCCAGGAGUUGGUGGAUGUCUAUGUGGAGUACCCGUUCUUUGUGCGCGGGAGGGGUUGGUCCUCCUGCAGCCCUCAGAGGACUGCCCAUCUCUGUGGCCUGCAGUGCCGCCAGCUCCUUGUGGGGGACGUCUGCCUGGCUCUUACCCCUGUCUCAGCCCCCCAGCCUGCACCGUCAGCCACCCUGGAGCCAAAAACCUCCCCCAGGAAAUCAGAAGGAGCGUGUGAGUCCCUGAAGGAAGCAAGACCCCAGGUUACCCCGGGGGCAGAGCAGCCAGCAGGGGGGCAGAAGAAGGAGGCAGAGGCGGUCCGGAGGAGGCACUAUUCAGCCCCUGAGUUGAGAGGUCCAGGGACUAACUGCAUGUAGUGAGGAGGUUCACUGUUUUAUGGACAGGAAGCAAGUCAGUCUCUUUUAAGCUCUGCUAUAUUCAGCUAAUAUUUGCUGUCUUUCUACCUCCUGAAUCGUAUUUCUGUGCUUGACUGUGGUUUUUAAUUGUAUCUAAGGUGUAAAAGCUAAGGAGGACUGAUAAGAUAAACUCUCAGGAUCCCCCAGAGGUAAACCUACAGAAGCAUAUUUGUCAAGAGUUGAGUUAAACAUUUCAUUUUCUGUGAGCAUGAACAGAGUCUAUCAUAACACAGAAUUCAGAUCAGUCAAUUUAAUACGUUUUUGUGAGAAUGUGGAGAACCAAAGCGUGCAUCUAUGUUUCCACAGGGAGCUGCUUCACUGACAAUGAAUUAAAGAAAGAAUAUUGUUUGGGUUUUUAAAGUCUUCUGAUUAUUUUUUGCAGCAUUUCUGACAAAAUUGUGCCCUUGUUCCCUGAAAAGCACACAAAAAUACUCCCUCAGGUUCCUCACUGCUGAUCAAAUCAUUUUAAGUUUAUCUCUCUUGCAUCUAAUAUUAAGUAAGACUUCUUAAAGCACAUAAAGGAUAGAUUUACAUCCAAAUUUCUGCAUAUCCCCCAUGCCAGAAUCCUGAUAAGUGAAUUUUCAAAUUGACAUUCAACUUUUUUUCAGUAGGAUUUAGUUUUUUCGCUUCUACCUCUGUUUUCUAUUUAAGGUGACAGAUACAUAUAGUGUGUGUUUUUAACAGUGUGGGCUGUGGUGUAAUAUGUUAUGCUGGAAGCUCCUAGUUUCUCUGUGAAUGUCAGUGAGAAUGCUUUUAUUGGCCUGGUUGUUGCAGUAUAUAGCUGCUUUUGUACCAAUGCUCCUUUUUAAAUGUCUGUCCCAUUGUUAAGAGCUAUUCAAAGUACUUCAAAAGCACAAUCAGUGAUCAGUGUACAGCGCCAUAUGUCUGGAUAUUAUAUACAUUAUACACUUGGACGAAAAAUGAAAUUGUUCAAAAUUGAAAUGUGGACCACUUAACUCUGAUUUCACAGUUAGGGCAGACAAGGUGCUGUACACACUGAUUGUGUCUUCAACCUGUGAAACAGUUUUCGCACUGUUAAAUAAAUAUGUCAUGUCUAAAA